AUUUGUUUCCGGCAUGUGACUACAUUCACUUUGGAGAGAGCAGGGGACUUUGCCUGGAAAAAGGAAGAACUGGAAACCCUUGAAUGAAGAAGAUGAGCAACAUUUACGAGUCGGCGGCCAACACGCUGGGGAUCUUUAACAGCCCCUGCCUGACCAAAGUGGAGCUGCGUGUGGCCUGCAAAGGCAUUUCCGACAGAGACGCCCUCUCCAAGCCAGACCCCUGCGUCAUCCUCAAGAUGCAGUCGCACGGGCAGUGGUUCGAGGUUGACAGAACAGAGGUGAUUCGCACCUGCAUAAACCCAGUGUAUUCAAAACUGUUUACUGUGGACUUUUACUUUGAAGAGGUGCAGCGCCUGCGGUUUGAGGUCCAUGACAUCAGCAGCAACCACAAUGGGCUGAAGGAGGCUGACUUCCUUGGUGGCAUGGAGUGCACGCUUGGCCAGAUUGUUUCCCAGAGGAAGCUGUCCAAAUCCUUGCUGAAGCACGGGAACACGGCCGGGAAGUCCUCCAUCACGGUGAUUGCUGAAGAACUAUCUGGCAAUGAUGACUAUGUUGAACUUGCAUUCAACGCACGGAAAUUGGAUGACAAGGAUUUCUUCAGUAAAUCUGACCCAUUUCUGGAAAUUUUUCGUAUGAACGAUGAUGCAACUCAGCAGCUUGUACACCGAACUGAGGUUGUGAUGAAUAACUUAAGCCCAGCCUGGAAAUCAUUCAAAGUAUCAGUAAAUUCCCUAUGCAGUGGAGAUCCAGACCGCCGGCUGAAGUGCAUAGUAUGGGACUGGGACUCCAAUGGCAAACAUGACUUCAUUGGAGAAUUCACCUCGACAUUCAAGGAGAUGAGAGGAGCAAUGGAAGGGAAGCAGGUGCAGUGGGAGUGCAUCAACCCCAAGUACAAAGCCAAGAAGAAGAAUUAUAAGAACUCAGGCAUUGUGAUUUUGAAUCAAUGCAAGAUCCACAAGAUGCAUUCCUUCUUGGACUACAUCAUGGGUGGCUGCCAAAUCCAGUUUACAGUAGCUAUAGACUUCACUGCCUCCAACGGGGACCCCAGGAACAGCUGUUCCCUGCACUACAUCCACCCUUACCAGCCCAACGAGUACCUGAAGGCCUUGGUGGCUGUAGGGGAGAUUUGCCAAGACUAUGACAGUGACAAAAUGUUCCCAGCCUUUGGAUUUGGUGCCAGGAUACCCCCAGAGUACACGGUCUCUCAUGACUUCGCAAUCAACUUUAAUGAAGACAACCCAGAAUGUGCAGGAAUUCAAGGAGUUGUGGAAGCCUAUCAGAGCUGCCUUCCGAAGCUCCAACUAUAUGGUCCCACCAACAUUGCCCCCAUCAUUCAGAAGGUGGCCAAGUCAGCGUCAGAAGAGACUAACACCAAGGAGGCGUCGCAAUACUUCAUCCUGCUGAUUCUGACCGACGGUGUCAUCACAGACAUGGCCGACACCCGGGAGGCCAUCGUCCACGCCUCCCACCUCCCCAUGUCAGUCAUCAUCGUAGGAGUGGGCAACGCUGACUUCAGUGACAUGCAGAUGCUGGACGGUGACGACGGGAUCCUGAGGUCCCCCAAGGGAGAGCCUGUCCUUCGAGACAUCGUCCAGUUCGUGCCCUUCAGGAACUUCAAACACGCAUCUCCAGCUGCCCUGGCAAAGAGCGUGUUGGCUGAAGUCCCAAACCAAGUCGUGGACUAUUACAACGGCAAAGGGAUUAAGCCAAAAUGUUCAUCAGAAAUGUAUGAGUCUUCCAGGACACUAGCACCAUGAACUCCAGGCACUUUUACAGAGUUCUGAAAUACUACUCCUGCUAAUAUUUACUACUUCUACUACUCAUGUACUUUAAAAAGCCACACAUUUAAAAACUAGCACGUUUUGGUGAUUUUUAACUAACUGGCCAUUUUUUUUUAUUUUUUUAUUUUUUUUUUGCAUGUGUAGCCCUGAGGCCUGGAUCUGGUAAGCCCUAAUAUUAUUAAAGACUUUUUACAAAGAAACACAAAUAAUUCCAACUUACUCUUUACAUUA